AUGUCUUUCCCAUAUGAACCCCAAGGAUGGCAGGCGCCGGUUCGGCAGCCCUCAUGGGAGCAGCCGCCUCCGCCGUCAAGAUCAGGCGCCAGCUCUACCUCCCAGCGCGAAGAUGGCAAUGCUUUUGCCAUGCAGUUUGAAGAGGUGGAUCGAGCAAUGGACAAUCUGGUCAAAAGUGGCAAAUUUUAUGGUGGACAACGAUCAAUGCCACCGGGUCCAUUGCGCCCGGGGGUGGAGCAUGGUCCCCGAAUGCACGGAGGCCGCCAUCCCGCCGGCGACUUUGACCCUUCGCGACCGCACCCCGGCUCGAAUCUCCAGAACUUUUAUGCCGCGCAGAGGCACCAAGGUCGUCAUGGGGACGCUGACCAGAUGAUGCAAGCGAAAAGGAGGAUGGCAGCUCAGCGAGAGCGCGAGCUGCGCAAUUAUCAUCAAGAGCAGCAAUACAAUCGGAGUCUUCUGGCUGAAAUGUCGUCCAACAAAUCCGAUCGCUCAAUGAGCCCUAGCACCUUGAGUGAGGAAGGCCGUCGGGAGCUAAUUGCUCGUCAGCAUCGCGCAUUAUAUGGCGGUGACCCCAACGCUUUUGUAGGACAAGUGCCCUUCUCUGCGGAGGAGCUCACCGGCCGAGAUCCAGCGGGAGCGGUCUCUGGCAAUGCACCUGGGGCACCUCGCGGUCCUUCACCCCGCACGUCUGAUCCUUUUGGCGUGCCGGGACAGGCUUCACAAGGUGAAUCCGGCGCUCAGAAUGCAUCCUCGGGUCAGGAUGGCUCUCGUGCUGAAAAGGCAACUUCUCCAUCUGCGCAAACAUCGUCAGGUUUCGGUACGUUUGAUGGUUCCAUUCAAGCUUCCGGAAAAGCACCUACACCACCGACUGGGGAAGAGCCAUCGCACUCUCGGCAGAUUUCCAAAUCAACCACGGCGCCCGUCAGUGGCGGCAUGGGGCCAAUUGGCAGCCGUCCCAAUGUGCAACAGGCCCCAAACCAGUCCAUCAACAAGCGCACGACGUCCCCUCUGCCUUCUUCUUUGGGAUACGGGUUCGGGUCUAACGAACAAAAUGCUGAUCGAGCAGGGUCCGCCAACUCGAACUCGAAUGCACAGAAAGAGUCGUCGAAUUCCGGCAUGGGUACUUGGGGCACGGGGAGCGGAGUUUGGGGGUCCAACAAAAUCGGUGCGACCUCAGUAUGGGGUUAA